UGCGCUUGAAGGGGGGGGUUGCGCCGGAACCUCCCUUCAAGCGUGCUACUGUGGGCUGCCCCAAGGGAACCAUCUUCAGAUUGCUGCCCGUUUCAUCCGCUCUCAUCCACUCAAGCCCAUGGACCUGGAUGCGGUGGUGGGAUUAGAAGAGCAGCUGCUAGCGCAGGGCCACGCCGAGGGAUACCAGGAUGGCCUGCGAUUGGGACGGCAGGAGGGGAGAGAAACGGGCUGGGAGCACGGGUUUGCGAUAGGGGACGAGCUGGGUUUCAUGUGGGGCUGUGCAGCCGCGUGGGAGCAAGUCAUCCAAUCAGUCCCCUCCACACGAUUCUCCCCCAGGGCAAUCAAAGCCGUGCAGCAGCUGCAGCAGCUCAUAUCUGACUUCCCCAUAUCCAACCCCGAAGACGGCCAAUUUGACACUCUCCUUGCGCACAUCAGGGCUCGGUUCCGCCUCUCCUGUUCCCUCAUGGGCCAACCACACCUGGCUGCUUCCCUGCAAUCGCACCCUUCUCAGCAUACCAGCAGCUUAGAGUUCUGA